CACUUAGAAAACAACACGCCCAUGAUCCGGAAUAACCUAACCCUGCUUUCGCUUGUAUUUAAACCAAGACCAUCCGAUUUUCCGUCUCUCCACGCCUCACAUCUCAGGCAGACGGUCGGCGCAGCCUACACCCCGCCGUUCGAAUCCUCAGGUAAGAAGAAAUGGUGAAGCAUAACAAUGUUGUGCCAAACGGUCACUUCAGGAAGCAUUGGCAAAACUAUGUCAAAACCUGGUUUAACCAACCUGCCAGAAAAACCAGGAGGCGCAAUGCUAGACAAAAGAAAGCUGUUAAGAUUUUCCCCAGACCCACUGCUGGUCCACUCCGUCCAAUUGUCCAUGGGCAAACAUUGAAGUACAACAUGAAAGUCAGAGCAGGAAGAGGGUUUUCACUUGAAGAGCUGAAAGCUGCUGGUAUUCCCAAGAAGUUGGCCCCAACUAUUGGUAUUGCAGUCGAUCAUAGGCGAAGGAACAAAUCUCUUGAAGGCCUUCAGACCAAUGCCCAGAGGCUCAAGACCUACAAAGCCAAGCUGGUGAUCUUUCCAAGGCGUUCUAACAAAUUUAAGGCAAGCUUCGAAUUUGUGUAUAAGGGACCUUUGUUUUUUGAGUUUUAUAUUUUUACAUACAAUUUGCUUUGAAAAUAUGGGCUCUAGCAAAAUAUUAAACAAACCCUCAUCUUUCAUUGCAGGCUGGUGAUUCAACGCCUGAGGAACUUGCAAAUGCAACACAAGUCCAGGGUCCGAUUUUGCCUAUUGUCAGGGAGAAGCCUACUGUUGAAUUUGUUAAGGUUACUGAAGAGAUGAAAUCAUUCAGAGCUUAUGACAAAUUACGUCGUGAGCGCGUGAACAAACGACACCAUGGUGCUCGUCUGAAGAGGGCAGCAGAGGCAGAAAAAGAAGAAAAGAAGUAAUCUGUUCAGCUGCUUAGUUAUUUAUCGUUGUCUGUUUGGGAUUUCACCCAAAUCAACAGUUUUUGAUAUUUUCAUUGGAAUUGAGGUUUUCUAUUAUCCAAACUAAUCACAAUAUGUUAUUCUCAGAUGUUUUUGGUUUCUUUAGAAGUCCACUGAGUUGUGUUUUAUUUUCUGUGCAUCAAUGUUGCAUUAAGCUUUCAAGUUUCAACAAUCUCUUCAUAUAUUCUGGUAGAAGCUGGGCUAGUCAUGAACUCAUGAAUCACUUAAAAUGCCAAUUAAUCCCUCAACAUUUUUGAAGUUAUUUCAUUUACAUUAUUGUGUUAUUCAUUUACAGUAGAUUUUUUUGUCACUAUUGAUAAGCGUAUAUUUGC